AUGUGGAACGCUAGAUCAGCAGCGGCGGGAGCGACAAAACAGUACCAGGACGAUAGGGCCGACGCGGUGGGAGCAAAGCAGCAAAGGAAAUUCAUCCUUCAGAAGCUCUAUGAGAGGAUUGAUUUCAAUAAAGAAAUUCUAUCUAAGGGUAGAUAUGCAGAGCUUAAUGUUGCUGACAACCGCCCUUUAAGACCAGAUGAGGCAGAACUUUUUGAAAAGUCGGCGCAAAAUGCGUAUGCAUCGUUUCGAGAUAAAGCAGCCAUGUCACGCUCAAUGAGUAUUGAUGAGAUGGAGACUGUUGCUCAAGGUCGGGUGUGGACCGGCCAAGAUGCAGCUUCAAGAGGGUUGGUUGAUUCACUAGGUGGAUUCUCACAAGCUUUAGCCAUUGCAAAACAGAGAGCUAAUAUACCGCAAGAUAAGAAGGUCCAGCUAGUUGAGAUCUCGAGGGCCUCGCCAUCACUACCGGAGAUCUUGUCAGGUAUUGGGGGUUCAUUGCUUGGAAUUGACAGGGUUGUGAAGGGGUUGCUCCAGGACGUCACCUCCUUAAAUGGAGUCCAAGCUAGAAUGGAUGGCAUAUUGUUUGAAAGAUUGGAAAAUGCGUCAGGGGAGAGUCAACUCUUCGUGCUCAUAAAGGAAAUCGUAAAUUCUUUUGAUUGAUCAUACCAGUCAAUACAUUAAGUUCUGCGGAAAGUUAUAGAUAGGAGAAGAUGACAGAAUAGCAUGUCAAUAGUAGACAUCCACAUCAACUAGAUUCAGGCAGGCCAGAUUAAUACUACAAUACACUUGGGAUUGAAUCAUGCUACUUUGUUCUUUUGUACCGAUGGGGCGAUGCCCAUGGAAGUGUUGUAACGGCCAUACUGAAAAUGCAAGAGUCUUAGUUUUCGUGUUGAA